UAUAUAAAAAAGAAAUAUCUCGUUAGCGAUAUAUAUUUGUAUAAACUUUAUGAUAUCUUGAGAAGGAUUAUUAAUGUGAUAAUUGAAAAUCUAAGAAAAAGUAAUAAAGGCGUACAAAACAAUCAUGUCGUGCGAUUUGAGAUUUCCUCGAAAAAUUACAAAAUCUAAUGUGGAAAAAGCUAUAAAAAUGAUAAAAACGAAACAAAAGAUUGAAAAAAAACGUCAAAAAUAUUUGAGAAAAAUGGCAACGGAUAAAAAAAAUAGAAAGGAAAUGAAAGAAAUGGAGAUAAAAAUCGAUAAAAAUUUUCAGAAGGAUGUGGAAGAAAUGGCAAAUGAUAAAGAACAUCAGGAGGAUAUGAAUGAAAUAGCAAACGAUCGUAAAACCCAUUAUUGCAAGAGUUUUCAGGGGGGUAAGAAAAAUGGAACAUCACUCGUAGGAUUUUCAAAAAGUCUGGCACUGUCGGAGAUGCAAUCGUACAUCAAUCGUCAAGAUUGGAAACAUGCGUUAAGUUUAUUUCCUAAACUUCUGGAAUAUCCAGUUGAAUUGGAACCUUUAGUAUGGCGAUAUGCACUUAUCAUUUUAUUACACACAAAUGAUCCGUCACAUCUCCGACAAUUUUUCGAGCAAUGUAUAGAUAACUGUAAUUUAGAUAAUGGAAUAUUCUUGAGAAGACUACUGUCAUUGCCUCUUGAGGAAUGAUUGGAUUUCAAAAUAGUCUAGUAGCAUUAUAUCAUUCAUGUUAAGUCAGUAUGUAACAUUUGUGUUACGUACAAAAACCUUUGUACAAUAAAUUUAUUACAUACAAUUAUAUACUACAUAUUCUGCUAUUUAUACAUUCACAUCCUCAUCUUUAAUAAUAAUACAGUGGUUAUUUAUAUAUAAUGUCAAGGCUAUACAUUCCACUUGAUAAUUGCAACAUUCAUAAACAUCAUUUAUUAGUUUUCAAUGUAUACGAUAAAGAAAUGAUCCAAUUAACAUUGCAAUAUCAAAUCGAACGUAAUCUAAAAGAAAGCAACUUGUGAAAUUAUUACAAGUAUUGUACAGAAA